AUGGCUGACCCUGACUAUGAUCCGGCUCUGGACAGUGACAACAACUACACAGAUGGCGAGGAGUCCGUGGAUGGACUCCCCGCAGGAGUGGUACCCAUGCAUCAGCACGAAGUGAGUGCACUAGAAAGCAUCGAAGAAAAUGACAACGAAAGUGAAGAUGAAGAUGAGCAAGAGGACGAGAGCGACGGCACGCAAGAAGACAAUGAUGCGGACGCCAACAACCAACCAUUGCAACACGACGAAGAAGAGUCCUCUGAUGAUGACGGCUCUACAUACGACCAAGGAAUUGAUGACGACAACCCACAGACAGAGGCUGAUGAUCCAACGGGUGAGGAUGGAAACAAUGACGGUGAGACUACACAGUCAGAACCUACAUCACGGCAACAGGCCAGAAUUACAGGAGUGCCACCAAAUGACAUGGAUGAGAUGUAUGGCCAAAGGACCAGGCAGGGUUUGCGACAGCGUAAGCAAAGAGAAUACAGCAAACACCUCUACCUGGCGCAGCCUAGUGACCAUACGAUGACUCAAGUCCUCAUGUCACAGACAGGUGCCCCUACCGAGCAGAUAAUGACUCAAUUUCUGCUGGAGCACGUUGCUCACACCCAAUAUUCCGUGAACAAGGGCCUGAAGGUUUUCGGUGAACCGGGAGCUGAGGCCGUCAUCAAAGAAAUGAAACAGCUACACGACAGAGAGGUGGGACAGCCGGUGAAGGCGGCGCUCCUUACACCAGAGGAAAAGAGAAAAUCGCUGGAGUAUCUGAUGUUCCUCAAGAAGAAGCGAUGCCGAUAUGGAUGA